AUGGGAAAUAAUUGUUGUAUAAAGAAAAAUUAAAAAGAAAACAAUAAUAAUGAUACAGGUGAAAAAGAAAUAGAAUAAACAGUGGAUUAUAAAAUAUAAAAAGGUCCAACUCAUAUCAAUGUUUAAUAUAAAAAUUUAUAGUCAAUAAAUAGCAUUGCAUAUGUAUCCUGUUGUGAUGAUAGAGGGAGAAAUGCAUAAAAUUUAUUAUUAUCUAAAGUAUAAAAAUGAAUAUAGGAUAGAAUGAAUAAGUUUCUGAAUAAUUAAUAAGAAGAACAAAUUAGAUUGGGCAAAUUAGUGAAGUGAAUGUUGGAAAAGUGUUUUUUUAUUUUUUAGUACUACCAUUAUAUUUGGGAGAAGAAUAGUAAGUUUAAGUUCUAAGAUAAUAAUUGAAAUAGUUGGCAUAAAUAAUAAUUGAAAAGAAUUUAAUUGAGAUUGCAAUAGAAGAUGUAGGAGUUUAAAGAUUUGGAUAUCCAAGAUAAGUAAAUAGAGUUUGUUUAUUUAAAGAUUGUAGCUAAAUUAAUUAUAGAAACAUUUGCCAAUCAAUUACAUAAGAUGGUAAGCUUAACUAAGAUUGAUUUUAUGAUAAAUGAUAUAAAAUCAAAAGUAAUGUUUGAGGAAGAAAUUUAAGCAAGAAAGGAAUUAUUAAUUAAGGGAGAUUCAUUAUUAAAGAUAGAUUAAUCAGAUGAGAAAUCUCUUAAAUAACCUUUGAUGGUUUGAAACAUAUUAUAAAUAC